GUGCAGCCCGUCACACGCAGGACAGCGACACGCUACAUGCCAAGAAGUAUAAGGCGGCCAUGCCAGUCAGAGGCUUAAAACGAAAGCUUUGCGACUCGGAGGAGAUGGGGCUCGAGGGGGACGAGCCGUUUCACCCCGAAAGUUACGCCAUAAUCAGGCAGACCCUGUUCAACCUGUCUGUGGAUAAGUUCAACAAGGGCCGCACCAUGGUGGAGCCCAGUCUGCGGAGGUACGUCCUCAUCGCCAACACCCUGAGGAUCAUCCAAGAGGAGAUGCGCCGCGACGUCUUCUGCGCCGGCCCGUGGGCCGAUGCGGCGUUCUCGGACUCGCAGGGCCCCCCUCCUGGAGACGCCGUGAGCCUCGGUGCAGAGAUGGAGAACCGCUUGUCAUUUCUCCCCGAAGACUUGGCCAACCUCAACCUGCCUCUGGUGGACGAGGACUUCUCAGUGUCUUCUGCCAUCGCCACCAUCAUGAAGGAGCUUGAAAACGUGUUGAACGAGAGCUGCCCGCAGUUCCAGCAGCGCGUGCUGGGAAGCCAAGAUGCGGACGGCAAAGCAGCGUUUACCCCAACGGGUGGCCCUCCGGCCCUGGCCCAGACGCAGCCUCGGGGCGGCUGCACGGACUCGGCGAAGGCGGCCAAUUCAAAUCCGGCGGCCAUUGGUGACGGCAAAGACAUCGAGCUGCUUAGUCAACUGGUGCUGGCUGCAAGCUGUACGGGGCCCAUUCCUGAACUCCCGGUGGCAACGGAGACCCCGGAGCUGGAGACCCCUGCCGAGACCCGCUCUGACGCUCCGGUCCCGAUGGACACCUCUGAAGAACCCGCUGGCCGCAGACAAGCUCCAAGCGCCUCGGUGGGGCCGUCUGAGGGCCUUAAAGCCGCGGAGUCGCUCUUUGGCAGCUUCGAAGUGAUGAACUCCACCUACCUCAACGACAUCUCCUUCGACGAUCUGUUCUCAGACAUUGACACCUCUGUGUUCGAGAGAGACUCUCUGCUCGUGAGUAAUACCACCACCACCCGGUUACCCGCUCCGGAAGACGUCUGGAUCCAGUCCUACUGCAACGCUCCCUCUUACGGUAUGGGCAAAGGCCACCGGGAGUCCAACGACCUCGACAGCAUCAUGGAGAUCCUAGUGGGCUCCUGACCGGUCCGUCUUCAACGCGAUAAGACUGUCGGCGGCUGACGAGCGGCCGCCGCUCAAAUGCUUGUUUUGCACACAC